AUGAAUGACGAACACACUUAUGAAUGGGAAACCACCACAGCAGAGCUAAACAUCACAAAACUAGUGAAUGAGAUUGAAAUACAGGAUGUGCUAGGCAAGAGUCUCGACAAACUAGAAAAAUGGGAAGCAUUCUACGAAAUGUACGCGAAACGGAUGGGUUUUGGCACAAGGAAAGACGAUGUACGACGUUCUCAUGGGGUCAUUGUAAUGCGGAGGUGGGUUUGUCGUUCUGAGGGUUCGAAAAAAAUCGCAUCACCGGACACACCAAGAAAAAAAAGACCUCAUGAUGUCACUAGAACCGGAUGUCAGGCAGCAUUGCGUAUUUUACUCACACAACCGUGUAACACUUGGCAAUGCAAAGAGUUCAGCACAAUACACAAUCACGAGCUGGCUUCAUCGAGUGAGGUACAAUUUUUGAGAUCAUAUAGAGUUGUGUCUGAUGGGUUGCUUGCCCAAGUUAGGUCGAUGAACUCCGUAGGAAUUAAAACUGCCAACAUAAUGUCUCAUGUUGCUUUGCAAAGUGGAGGUUACGAGAAAAUGCCAUGUCAACUUCGAGAUGUGUACAACAGGGUUGCUGAGAAGGAUCCUAAUUUCUUCGUUGUCUAUCAGGUUGACGACGAGAAUCGCUUGGCUAACUUAUUCUGGGCAGAUGGAAACUCACGCGUGGACUAUGUGGCUUUUGGGGAUGUACUAGGAUUUGAUACAACCUACAUGACAAAUGAGUACAAUAUGCCCCUCACUGUUCUCAUUGGCGUCAACCAUCAUUUCAACACAUGCAUCUUCGGCUUUGCUCUCCUCUUCCACGAGAAGCUUCCAUCAUAUUCUUGGCUACUUCAAAAAUUUCUAGAAUGCCAUGGAGAUAAGAAGCCAAAUGUUGUAGUUACUGACCAAGAUGCAGCCAUGAAACAGGUUAUCGUUGAACACAUGCCCGAUGUUACACACCGUCUCUGCGCUUGGCAUCUCAAUACAAAUGCUUCGAAAAAGGUUAAAGAUCUGAUCUUCUUAAAAACAUUUAAGGAUCUCAUGUACAACUACUACGAGGAGGAAGAAUUUGAAGCAAGAUGGAAUGAGAACCACACAACGUUGCGAAUCCAUCAACUCCGCUCUAAAAUUUUUUUAGAGAAGAAUUAUUGCUUGCGUGAAUUUGUAACAACCAUAGAUAUGACAGUCUCAAAGCUCAGACACAACGAGACUGCAAAUGACUUCAAAAGCAGAUGCACUCGACCUCACCCACCUAAUCCUACAUGCUUGACCACUUACUACAACCAAUGUGCUGAAUUCUACACAAGAACUAUGUACCACAAGGAGCAAGAAGGAGAGUGGCAGAUAUUCACCAUUGGAAAGUUUCAGCAUCCGGACGUCCAAUACCGAGUUCAUUACUGUGAAGGCCGACGAGCACUACACUGUAGUUUCUUGCUCUAUGAAAGUCAGGGGUACGCUUGUAGACAUUUAUGGGCUACAAUGAAAAGAUUAAACAUGAGAAGAAUACCUAAUUCUCUUCUCAUGAAGCGAUGGAGCAAAUCCGCAAAGACAAAUCUCCACCUACAUUUUUACCCGCCAGCACAACCACAACAACACAUUUACAAGAUGGCUAGGUUUGGAUCUCUCAGUUCACUGACUUAUAACUUCACUUUCUAUGCAACAAAAUCAGAGGAUUCGUACAACCGUGCAAAGGAAGAGCUUGAACGGCUAACUCUAAUGUUGAAGGAAGAAUUUGACUUGAAUUCCAAUCCGGAAGGAGAGACGCCACAACCUGGAAGAUAUCGUAGCAACCCCAACAUUAUUAAAGACCCCGAAGUUGUGAGAACAAAGGGUACGGGAAAUACAAGGGAAGGACCAAACGGGGAGCAGAUCCCAAGAAACUCAAGACAUUGUCGCAUUUGUCGUUCAUCAGACCAUGAUUAUCGACGGUACCCAAAUCGUCAACAUAACACUGGAUCUCAGGGGUAA